AUGGCAGUCAACGUGUUCGGAAAUCCGGUGACCGACGACACGGUUAGGCUCGUUUAUCCGAACCUCACCCAAAUCACUCCCUUGAACCGUGCUGACGUGGCACUUCAGUACAUGAAUGCCGAGAGCAAAGCCGAUAACGCAAGCACGUUCGUGCACAACACCAAAAGGGACUACGGCAACGGAACCUCCACGCUCGGAAUGUUUUACAAUGCCACCGGUGGGACCCUCUCGCUCCAGCUCACUCACGACUGGGAAGGCAGUGUUUGGCGCUCACCUAUCCCUCAGGUCAUCCAAAACGGCCAGUGGGCCGCAUUUCUACACGUCCGUUAUAACGUCAUGGGCGCGUCUAAGGGAGCUAUGGUCUACCGUGGCCAAGUCAAUAACGGGCUCAACCGCGAUUGGAUGAUAUGCUUCAACACGUCCCGUCGCCACUUUCAAAACCGCGUGUACGCAGAAAUCCGCGUGCAAGGCGGUUUCAAUUCCGUCAACUGGGGCACCAUCGACAAUAAUAUGGAGAGGCAGCAGAAUAAUUUUACCAACACCCAAAAUGGCGGCAUUGCUCGGGUGUCGAUUGGUUCGGGAAGUUCGCCUGAGUUUGUGGGUAUACUGACGUUAGAAGGUUUGACCCCGAGAGCUAUGGAGUUGGCCGAUAAUAUAAGCGCAAUCUCACCAUCACUCGACUCCAAAUAUGACGAGACUGAUGCCACUGCAGAGGGGGAAGAGGGUGACACACCAGCUGCUGUUGAUACUACUACUGCUGCUACUACUACUGCUGAAUAA